AUGUCAGCCCAGGAUCAGAAGGCUGUGAAGAGAAGUGCCAAGCGCCCAAGGGCAGAUGGGACUCUCCUAUCAGAUGACUUUCAGAACCCUGAUGCAAUCGCCCCUGCAGACAAUCCAGCAGUUGACACCAGAGAGCUGAGCAGCUGUUCAUUGGGAUCAGACGUGCAAGAGACCAGGGAGCCUGUUGAGAAGAGGGCACAAGACUUCAAAGGUGAUUACAUUACCCGGAUCCUGGAGGCAGAGAGGAAGCAGUUUGAAAAGAAUAUAAAUGCCUCUUUCAGAAGCCUGAGUGAAAACCUGCAGAGUAUUUUCAAAACCCAGCAGGAGUCAAGGAAGAAACUUCACUCACUCUACUCCAAGAUGUUUUGGCCCCUGUACCAGCAGUGGCUGGAGGAGGUGGAGAAAGCAAGGGAACAAGAAGAAAGCCUUACUCUUAUAACCAAGGAGCAAAUGAAUAUUUUAGAGGAAGCUAUUUUGGAUCAUGAAGUCAAGCUUGAGAAUGCUAAAGACAUGUGUGACACAGUUUUGAAGAAAGCCAAGAAAUUGCGUGAACAUCACAAAACUUUUAUUGGCGGUCAUCAUAGUGAAGUGGAAAAGGAAAUCUCCAAGGCUCAGGACAGAGUUAUCAUGAAAACCCAAGAGCAAGAUGUGUCCGUUGUUGAAACAUACUUUCAGUCCCUGAUCCUUGACAGCUCUGAAGAAACCAUCUGA